UUUCAUGUACAUGUAGCAUCUCUUCUCUUUCUCUCUCGUUUUCAAUUCUCAUCACUCAAAACAAAACCUUAUUUAAGAAAUGGCAAAAGGAGGGAAGCUUACAAAGCUGAAGUCAGUGCUGAAGAAAUGGAACUCAUUUGGCAGCAACAGCGGCGGCGGCGGGAGCAGCAAGCAGAGCCGGCACAACAGCAGCGCGGUGGCAGACGACGUGGAGGGCGGGGAUGAGCUCCACCCGGUGUACGUGGGGAAGUCACGGAGGCUGUACCGCGUGUCGUCGGACGUGGUGGAGCACCCAGUGUUCCGCGAACUGGUGGAGAGGUCACGUGAGGAGCACGAUCCCCAGCAAGUGGCCACUCGCGUUGCCUGCGAGGUGGUCCUCUUCGAGCAUCUCCUCUGGAUGCUGGAAAAUGCCGAUCCCCAACCCGAGUCCCUCGACGAACUCGUCGACUUCUAUGCCUGCUAGAUAACUUCCCAACAUGCACAAAAACAUAACCCUACUAUUCAAAAUUACUCUUUCUUAGUAUAUACUUUCUAUAUAAUAAUUACUAGUAAAUAACUAUCAUUUCUUUCCCACAUGCAACUUUUAAUCAUGUACAUUUCUUUUCAAUAAUUAAACAAUCUUGUCAAA